AUGCGUUUCUCUUCUACUUGCUUCGCCGCCCUUGGGGCUUUCGUCUCUGCUGUUGCCGCCAUCCCGUUGUUGGACCCCCUCAAUCCGGCGAAGCCAUUUGGAGCAGUUUACUUCAUCACGAACAGUCUCGACGAGAAUUUCGUUAUUGCUGCGCAAGUGGGAGAAGAUGGUAUCGCGACUGAUGUCAAAGCAGUUUCUGCCAAUGGCGUUGGCGCACAGGGCCAGCCGCCCAACCGCGGCUCUCUAUUCUCGCAGGGCCCGGUUCAGGUCAAUCAGGCGACCGGCCGCCUCGCUGUCGUCAACGCAGGUUCCAACACCGUACAACUGUUCGACAUCGACCCCAACAACCCAACAAACAUCACUGCAAUUGGCAAGCCCGUUCCCUCUGGUGGCGACUUCCCUCAGUCUAUCGCAUGGAACAACGCCGGCGACAAGAUAUGUGUCCUCAACGGCGGCCUGAAGUCCAAUGUACAGUGCUUCCUCGUUGACAAGAAGGGCAAGCUCACGGCGGUCGGCGUUGGUGACAUCCAGACCUACAACCAGACCUCGAACCCUCCUCACGGUCCCGCUGGGACCGCUUCGCAAAUCAUCUUCACCGCGGAUCAGGGUGGAAUCAUUGCUGUUGCGAAGGGCAUUCCCACGGACUUCGAGAACAACCCCGGUUACCUGCGCGUUUGGCCCCUCUCCGACAACGGCACCAUUGCCUCGACGCCUUUCCAGAUCAACAUCACUCAACCUAUCGGAGGGCUUACGUUCAGCUUGUCUCAGGCUGCAGGACGCCUUGUAUACGUUGGCUCAGACGCGACGAACGGUGGUGUCGUCGUCGACAUGACCGCCGGACCAGGCAACGCCAUCUUCAAGCCCAUCGACCUCCCGAACAACAAGGGCAACUGCUGGUCCGUCAGCGCACCCAAGACAGGCUCCUUCUUCAUCUCCGACUUGCUCAACGACAAGAUCAAUGAGGUCGCGCUUGACGAUAACAACAAUGCCACCCUUGUCCGCCAGUACGAUGUUCCCGGCAUGGGUCCUAACGAAGCCGUCGUUGCCGAAAUACAGGGCCAGGAGUUCAUGUACAUGCUCAUGGAGGGUGCACAGUCUAUCGGCGUCUGGCGUCUCGACGGUCCUGGACAGGCUGUCUUGACACAGCUAUGGCAGGUCUCCAUUCCCGUUCAAAUUCUUGGCGUCACUUUCGACGAGUUGCUCAUCUCGGGCAUGUCAAUCUACGUCUCACCAUGA